GACUGUCAGAUUCUGACACGGAUGCGGCGGUGAACAAUAUCUUAGUCGGCAUUCCGCAUUUUCCAGGUCCCCGCUCGUUGGAGCCCAGCAACCAGUGCGAAGCAAUGCCGAAGAUCUGUUUCAACUUCCAGCGCACUGGUAAAUGUCGCUUCGGAGACUCGUGCAAAUUCUCCCAUACUACAGACAACAAUCUUCAAAACUCCACAAUCCAGUUACCGACCUCUACUCAUACAAGAGAGAAUAACGGGCCGAGAUCUAACGUUAAGAAUCCCGCCGCCUCAAUUCCGUUCUCGCUUGAGACGUUACAGAUUCAAUUAGCGGACAAGUUAGCGUCAGGUGUUCUCUAUUCGAGCCAUUCCGAUGCUCUGGUGGUCUUCUGGCCCGGCCAAGAUCGCUUGGAGGUGCUAUGGAAGGGCUUCUUGAUGCCACAAGACCCUAGCAAUGUCUGGAGAGUCAACAGCCAGACACAGGCGCUGAACUUCAUUAACUCUGGACUUCACGCUCUGAGUAAGGACAAUCUGGCUCCUCAAUUUGUGAGAGAGCUGGGUAAAAAUGAGGGGCGUGGAGUACUCGUGAUCCAGGAGUUAUUGGACCUCACGUACUCAAAUGACGCCGGAAGACGUCGAGAGAUCGUGUCGUUUCAACGAGGACUCGUGCUGUUCGUGACCAUGUUAACCAUGCGACGUAUGGAGAUGGUCAGUCAGCACAUGGACGAAGCAAACUACGUCUACGCAUACUUGCGCACAGCCCACGUGCAGCUUUUUCGCCUGUAUUUGGAGCACUUGGAGCAAAUUGUAGAGCGUCACAGCAUUGAAGACAGAGCCUUGACCCACGCGAGCUAUCUACGUGAAGCGGAAGGGCGGAAAUACGCGCCUUUGUGCUUCACACAAGUGUGUCUUCCUUUCAUCCGGUUGCUGUACUUACUGGGCAAUAAGUUUAAGGAUUUUAUCUACGAAGACGCUUAUCAAGAGACUGUCAACUAUGUCGACGCAUUGACGACCGAGUGGAUGGAGAGUAGUCAAGAGAACGAGCCCUCACUUGACUCGACCUUGUGCUUUAAGGUCAUGAGAGAAGAAAUCAAGCGACUACACAAGAUGGUUCAACGUGGUCAGCGCGGCAUUGAAGCUGGUGUAGCGCUAAGAAGGGAAGCAGAACGGAGAAUGACUCGACGUUGCGAUGAACCGGAACCUUGGGACGUCAUCGAAGUGGGUAUACCUGGUGAAGCAGAGUUAGCUGACGGCAGCGUAGGUCCACGUCACGACAAUGAUCAUCGGGAUAUCCGUGACAUUCGGCUACUUCCUACAAGUGAAGAGUGCUUGUCACGCGAGACACCGUUGCUACCGGGCAACUAUCCGUUCCAUGAGAAUGCUCAUUGGUUACCGCCUGGGCCGGAACGCUGGGUGGACACCCACUUUCGACUGUAUCGAGAAGAUCUGUGUGGCACAAUUCGAUCGUGUUUACAAGAUCUUGAACAUCGACUAUCGGAAAGUGGAAAGAAUCUGGCUGGUAGAUUGAGAAAUGCCGAUGUGGAUUACAACGUGUAUCCGAUUAUUGAGACUGCCAUGCCGUUAAGACACACGGAGAGUCGAGGUGAGCGAGAUAGAAGCCGUCGGUUCGAGCGUCACGGACUCUGCAUCGACGUGCGCUUCCCACAACCAUCAGUAGCCGAGAUGACAGGGAGAGUUAAAAAGAAGAAGGACGACACUAGAAGCCGAAAAGAGCUGUGGGAGAAGACCGGUCGACUGCCGUUUAACGGCAUGGUAGCGCUAGUCACAUACGUCGAUGGUGCACUGCAGGUGGUGUUCUGUCAGAUUGUCGAGCGUGACCUGGAGCGACUGAUAAAGGACGUCGUGGAGGUAACUCUGCAGCCUUUUGAGUUCCAAGACUUCGCAACGCUCGAAAAUUGGCAGCAUUCAGCGUUUAUGCGAGGGAAUCAACAGAAUAUGCUGUUGCUGGAGUUCAACAAGGUUUUCCUUGUCUCUUAUGAACCAGUCCUCCGUGCGCUGCAAACACUCGAACCAGCAACAUUACCGUUCUUGGAGUAUUUAGCUCCAGAGACGCCACCAGAGGGAGCUGUUCGUAUGGAGUCUCCAAUGUACUGCUUGACAACCGACUUCACUUUUGAUCUUAGCUCGGUGAUAAAGAGAUAUCCCGGUGAAACUGCUGGCGGUCCGCAGUCGCUACGUUUAAACCCUCUCCAGCAACACUCUCGCGAUGCAUGUGAAGCUGCGUUGGUGCGUUACUCAACACUGGAGCGUGACCAAGCUAAGGCGUUGGUAGAAGCACUCAGUAGCCGCGUGGCGUGUAUCCAAGGCCUACCUGGUAGCGGCAAAUCGUUCAUUGGAUCCAUGCUCACGCAGGUUAUAGUGGAGGCUAAAGCCUCGCCCGUGCUUGUUGUCUGCUACACUAACCACGCACUGGACCAAUUUUUGUGUCAUCUACUGGAUAUCGGGAUCACGAGUCUUGUACGUAUCGGGGGACAAUGUAAGGAGCCGAGACUGGAGAAGUACAAUCUCAAUAACUUACCUAAGACAUUCCAGCGCUACGAGCUGAAGCUUUUGUACGAGAAACUCGACGAAAACGCGGAUGCUAUCGCUUUAGCACUACGAGAGUUGAGUUCGAACACGCGUCGACCGACGUGGAAGGCGUUGAAAUGGUUCCUGGAGACCAAUUAUCCUGAUGUGUAUGACUAUUUUGCUGAGCGCAACAGCGAGUUGUACGAGGAUGGCUGGGAAGUUGCUGGAUGCGACGACAUCUUGGACUAUUGGAUUCAGGGCGAAGAUCUCAGUGCUUCUCAGCGUCGUGGGCCACGCCAGGGUGGAUGGAUGCGAGAUUCAAAUGUGUGGAUGUGGAGUCUUGCAAAGCGUCGUGGGGCUCUAGCAGAAUGGCUUGGGGACUUGCGAACUGGACGUGUCGAAGACCUUAUCGCAGCUCAGAAGGCGUACUGGGAAACUAUGAAGAAGAUUGAGACUGUAAGACAACAAGCAGACGUGGAAGUGCUUAAACGUGUGCAGAUCAUUGGAAUGACGACGACCGGAGUUGCGAAAAACCAACAGAAGAUCGCGGCUGUAGUUCCGCCAGUGGUGAUUUGCGAAGAAGCAGGCGAGGUACUGGAAGCGCAGCUUAUGGCGUGUCUGUCUCCAUCCUGUCAGCAGCUUGUGCUUAUUGGGGAUCACAAACAACUACGACCGCACAUUGCUGACUACAAUCUCAGUGUGGAAAGUACCAAUGGCAAGCGGUUUGCACUCGAUGUAUCCCUAUUUGAGCGCUUAGUUGCGCCUGCUUCAGGCUUACCCUUCUGGACACUGACAGAGCAGCAUCGCAUGCGUCCACAGAUCUCUCAGUUGAUACGAAUGCUGUUUUAUCCUGAGGUCCGUGAUGCGCGUGAGACGAUGGAAUACCCUCCACUCUUAGGUGUGGACAAGAACGUGUUCUUUGUGAACCACAAUCAUCCCGAAGACGGCGCAUCUGCGGUCUUGGGAGCAUCAGCUCGGUCUCAUUCCAGCAAGUACGAAGUCGCGUACCUCGUUGCAGCUCUGAGAUACCUUCUGCAGCAGGGUUAUCACACCAGUGAUAUAGCGAUCCUCACGCCUUACGUUGGCCAACUAAUGAAGCUGCGAUCGGCACUGCGAGGCCAGUUUAUUCUAGAGCUGAAUGAACUCGAUUUGGAGGAGAUUCAACGCACAUUUGAAGACGAUGAUGCCGACGACACGAACGAAAUUCGACACGAUAGCUCUGCUGCGUUAGGAGCAACCAAGAAAUAUCUUUCCGGUGCCAUUCGUGUGGCUACUAUUGAUAAUUUUCAAGGUGAGGAAGCCACCGUCAUAUUGGCCAGUCUGGUUCGCAACAGCACGAACGUUCAUGGCCGAGGAACGAUUGGAUUCUUGAAAACACCGAACCGAAUCAAUGUGCUGCUGUCCAGAGCGAAGCAUGGACUGAUCCUUGUGGGUCAUGGCGAGUUGCUGCGUACCAAGUCCCCCCUUUGGCAAAACGUACUUGACCAACUGCAAAGCGAUGGCUGCUAUGGUGAUGGGCUACCCUUACACUGUCAAAAACACCCAGAUUACCAGCGUGUUGCGACGGAUCCAUCCUCAUUUGCUUUACUAGCGCCGGAUGGAGGUUGUCUGCGUCCUUGUGGAAGAAGGCUACCACGUUGUGGACAUGCAUGCCCGAAAUUAUGUCACGUGGAUCAACCGUCCCACAAAGCAGUCUACUGUACACAGCCAUGUCCACGACUACAAGAGAGUUGCGGUCAUGUCUGUCCUGGCGUCUGUGGAGACGCGUGUGGACGAUGUGAAGUGCUGGUUGGCUCGAUUGUUCUUCCUUGUGGUCAUACGUACCACAAUGCACGGUGUUUUGAGGCUAAAAUACCCUCGAAACUCAAGUGUAAAGCACCAGUUGAUAAGCUGGUUCUAGAAUGCGGACACAUGCAGCGUGUUACCUGUAGCACUACGAGAGUCAAAUGCAUGCAAAAGUGCGGUGUGGUACUUCCGUGCGGCCAUCCGUGCUCGCGUAAAUGUAGCGAGUGUGUUGCAAACACGCUGAAGGCCCGUGAAGGGGAGCCAGAGCCGGAUUUCCCAAUCAAACCCAGCGAACACGGUGCGUGCCGAAAGGAGUGUGAACGAUUGUUGCCCUGCUGUCACAGAUGUCGAGGAUUUUGUCAUGGAACAGCACCCUGCCCUCCGUGUCAACGUGUCUGUGACGUGUUCAGCUGUGAGCAUGGGUCUUGUAAUCAUCCAUGCAGUGAACCUUGUGCUGCGUGUGCAGAGCGGUGCUGUUGGAGUUGCGAGCAUUGUGGGGAUUGUCCUCUACCUUGUGGUGCUCCGUGCAAUCGACGCUUAUGCGACCUCCGAUGCACAGAGAUCCUCUCAUGUGGUCACCAAUGCCCGAGUGUCUGUGGAGAAGAUUGUCCUUCGCAAGAGUAUUGUCAUAUCUGUGCAGAUGACGAUGUGAAACAACGUGUGGCUGACGUGAUUCUCUUCCAGACAUAUGGAGAAAUUGAUCCUUCGGAGGACCCCGUUCUAGUGCUUCCGUGCUGUUCGAUGGUGUACACGAUGGCUACACUUGAUGGCACGCUUCAAAUGAGCACGUACUACGACAGUAAGGGGAGCCCUCUUAGCCCUCUUCCUGGGGGUUAUAUCGAUACGCCUCAGUGUCCAAAUUGCAAGAAGCCGGUCCGGGGUCUCCGUCGCUAUGGCCGGAUAACCAAAAGAGCAGCUAUCGAUGCUGCGGAGAAGAACUUUAUCACGCACUCUCAUCGCCAGAUUAAGGCACUUCAAGAGCGCGCAAACCUUGUGGUUGAGACUGAAGAUCUAGCUCGCGAUAAAACGCUGCGUCACGACCUUCGUGUGUUUGGAGCAACAGUGAAGAGGCCGCCUUGUCAGAAAGCUUUUGAGGCAUGUGUGGCGCUGCUGACGAAGUCCAAAGGUGGUCAAGGGGGCGGCGACGUGGCCAUCGAUAUGAGUACUCUUCCCGUACCGGACUCAAAGUUCCCAUACCUCGGAUACUUCAACCUUCUCUCUGCGCAGCUCUCUCAGUUAGCCACUGGCGCAAUGAAGACCAAGGCGUCGCAAUACGCACGACAGGCGAUUAAUGAAUUCGAGAAAGGGUCUUUUACGAUGCAAACAGGUGAAGCGCGGUUGGUGUUGGUGCAGAUACUACUGGCAAAUGCUGAAGAGAUACUAAGCGAGUCUGUGAAAACGGAGAAGGAGCGUAAAACACGCGAGGAAGCAGUCAUACGGGCCGCAAUUGAGGUGCAGGGCGUACUGAUUAAACUGGAGACGAAUGCUGCAUCCUUUCUAGCCAAGUAUGACGAAGACGUGCGUCACCUUCGCCAAAAACUGUUGAGCGUUGUUCAGCGUGCGAGGAAUAGCACGUUUUACCAGAAGGUGUCGGUGGACGAGAUCAGAGCUAUCAAGACCGCCAUGCAAGGGGAACUCCGAGGCUCGGGGCACUGGUACCGUUGUGAGAAUGGCCACUCGUACUCGAUUGGUGAGUGCGGGAUGGCAAUGGAACAAACCCGCUGCCCGGAAUGCGGAGCUCCCGUAGGCGGACACAAUCACACGCUGGUACAAGGAUCUCGCCACGAUUCGCAGAUGGAUUUGCUUUAACGCAGCAUAAUUGAUUUAAAGCGCGGAAGCAUACAUGUAUCCAUAACAUCCAUAACAGCAAGAUACGAUUUCAAUUUUUUUGUUUUUGUUUUUA